UUUUGAUAUUCUGCUUUGGUGAUGGAUAAUCUGAAAAGAAGGCACAUCACUACCUACAACGAUUCUUUUGAAUCUACUCAAUAUACACAACCGGUCGAUGUUCAUGUACAGCAAGAAAAGUUACAUAAACCAUCACAACCACAUACCAUCUUACCACAAUAUUCAUCUAACAAGUACAUUGCUUAUUGUCAACAACACCAUGAAGUCAUCAUACCUACUGUCCUGACCAUUCUCUCUUUUUGGACGCGCUUCCGAUUGAUCAGUCUUUCUCAAAUCGUUGUCUGGGAUGAGGCACACUUUGGGAAGUUCGGAUCGCAUUAUAUCAAACAUGACUUUUAUUUCGACGUACAUCCACCCUUAGGAAAGAUACUCGUUGGAUUGUCGGGCGUAUUGGCAGGUUAUAACGGUUCGUUUGGAUUUGAUUCUGGUUCUACUUAUCCUGAUGGUAUGCAUUAUGGAGUAAUGCGUGUAUUCAAUGCCAUGUGGGGAGCCCUACUUGUACCUUUGGCUUAUUUGACAGCAAGACAACUCAAUUUCUCGAUAAAGGCAAGUGUCUUGACUGCUACAAUGGUGUUGUUAGAUACUGCUCUUCUCUGUAUCAGUCGAUUCAUUUUGUUGGAUUCAAUGUUACUCUUCUUCACCUGUACUACUCUUUACUCUUUAUCCAAAUUUCAUAAUUAUCGACAUGAAUCUUUUUCUGAAGAAUGGUAUAUGUGGUUAUUUAUGACUGGGUUGUCCUUAGGUUGUGUAUUAAGUGUUAAAUGGGUUGGACUGUUUGCCGUAGCUUUGGUUGGUAUCUAUACUGUGGAAGAUUUAUGGGACAAGUUAGGAGAUCUCCAAAUGCCAAAAGUAACAUAUGCUAAACAUUGGUUGGCCCGCAUUCUCUGUUUGAUUAUUUUACCUCUUACGGUGUAUCUCUUUAGCUUUGCAUUACAUUUUGCUCUACUUUACAAAAGUGGUGAUGGUGAUGCUCAAAUGAGUUCCUUGUUCCAAGCAAAUCUUGAAGGUAGCUCUCUUGGUCAAAAUCCAUUAGAAUUAGCAUAUGGGUCAAAACUGACGAUUAAAAACUUUGGUUAUGGUGGCGGUUUAUUACAUUCUCACAUUCAAAAAUACCCUGAAGGCUCCAAACAACAACAAAUCACUUGCUAUCACCAUAAGGACGACAAUAAUCAUUGGAUUAUCAAGACACCUCGAAAUGGCAAUCCAGACGACUAUGAAGGCGGUAGCGAUAAUGACAAUAAUGAAAAUACACCCAUCCGCUAUGUAACAGAUGGAGACGUGAUUCGAUUGAUGCAUGCGCCAACUAAUGUUAACCUACACAGUCAUCCUAUCAGUGCACCAGUUACAACCGGACAAUGGGAAGUCAGCGGAUACGGAAAUGAUACUGUGGGCGAUUUACAGGACAAUUGGAAGGUGGAAGUGGUGGAUGAUCUUGCAAAAGGAAAUGAUCAACAUCGUAUACGUUCUUUGACAACUCGAUUCCGUUUACGUCAUGUACAACAAGGAUGUCUUUUGACUGCCAACAACGUUAUAUUACCACAAUGGGGAUUCAAGCAAGUAGAAGUUUAUUGUGACAAACGAAAUCGAUUGGAUGAUCCCCAUUCAUGGUGGAAUGUAGAAGAACAUUAUAAUGACAAAUUACCUCCUGCUCCUCCUAACGCAUACAAGUCUCACUUUUUACAAGAUUUUUGGCAUCUGAACGUGGCAAUGUGGACAUCUAACAAUGCCUUGGUACCUGAUCCUGAUAAGAUUGAUAUUCUUUCAUCCGAACCAUCUGAAUGGCCUUUGGCUAGUGUAGGAUUACGUAUGUGUGGAUGGGAUGAUAAUACAAUCAAGUUUUAUCUUUUGGGAAAUCCUAUUGUUUGGUGGUCAUCAUUCGUUUCAAUAUUGUAUUUUGUUGGGUCAGCCUUAUUUUACAUUGUCCGUAUGCAAAGAAACAUUCAUGAUUUGACCAGUGGACAAUGGGACCAAUUUUUAUAUGUGGGCAAAACUCUCUUCCUUGGUUGGUUCCUUCACUAUAUUCCAUUUUUUAUGAUGGGUCGUGUGACUUAUCUUCAUCAUUACUUCCCUGCUCUUUAUUUUAGUAUUUUCAUGGGUCCCUUUUUGUUAGAUCAUUAUACAAGAACAUGUUCAAGUCGUACUCAAUGGAUUAUAUUUGGUACCUUUUUCUUCUUGGUUAUCACCGUCUUUAUUUACUUUUCUCCUUUGGCAUAUGGUAUGAAGGGCCCUGUCAAUGCUUACGCUGGUCGGAAAUGGUUGAAUAGUUGGAAUUUGGUAGAUUAGUUUGCAUAUACAUUAGAAUUCUCCUCGUAUAUUGCAAUUAUAUUCUUAUAUAUCAUUCAUUAUCAAUAAAUAAAAAAUACGUUAUAUACAUCAU